AUGAAGUUAAACUUAAAGAGGGCUGGUUGCUCACAGAUUGACUCCGUGUGGGGCUGGGCUUCGCCCCCGCUGCGUUUGCAGCUGGGAAACACGCGCGGGCACAAAAGGAUGGGUGAAGGUGGAUCUCCCGGAGGUGGUGGCAGUGGUGUGGGCGGUGGUGGUGCGCGCCUGUCCCACACUUCUGAAAAGCACCCUCGCUCCAUUCUUGGAGAACUGUCUGCGCUGCGUCGCCAUCGGGAGCUGUGUGAUGUUGUCCUUAAUGUUGCCAAUAGAAAGCUCUUUGCACACAGGGUAAUAUUGUCAGCAUGCAGCCCUUAUUUCCGUGCAAUGUUUACGGGCGAGUUGGCGGAAUCUCGGGCAACCGAAGUGACCAUUCGUGAUGUAGACGAGCAUGCUAUGGAGCAGCUGAUUGAAUUCUGCUACACUGCACAUAUUGUUGUAGAAGAGAGCAAUGUGCAGGCGCUUCUACCAGCAGCUUGCCUACUACAGCUGCAGGAAAUACAAGAGGUGUGCUGCGAGUUCCUCAAGAGACAACUAGAUUGUUCGAAUUGCCUUGGAAUACGCGCCUUUGCCGACACACACUCUUGCCGCGACCUUUUACGUAUUGCUGAUAAGUUCACGCAGCAAAACUUUCCUGAGGUAAUGGAAAGUGAAGAAUUCCUCUUACUGCCAGCGGCACAGCUGAUCGACAUUGUGUCGUCCGACGAGCUGAAUGUCCGCUCUGAGGAGCAAACCUUCCAGGCCGUUAUGUCAUGGGUCAAGUAUAACGUUGCUGAGAGGAGGCAGCACCUAGCUCAGGUGUUGCAACAUGUAAGACUGCCAUUACUAAGUCCAAAGUUCCUUGUUGGGACCGUAUCUGCCGAGCUGCUGAUACGAGCCGACGAUGCUUGCCGGGACCUCCUUGAUGAGGCCAAGAACUACCUUCUACUUCCCCAAGAAAGACCUUUAAUGCAGGGACCAAGGACCAGACCUCGAAAACCCACCAGAAGAGGCGAAGUUCUAUUCGCUGUGGGCGGUUGGUGUUCAGGCGAUGCAAUAGCUUCAGUAGAGCGAUUCGAGCCAGCGAGUGGUGAUUGGAAAAUGGUCGCGCCCAUGAGCAAACGGCGGUGUGGCGUUGGCGUAGCUGUACUACAUGAUUUAUUGUAUGCAGUUGGUGGACAUGAUGGCCAGAGCUACCUAAAUAGUAUUGAACGAUAUGACCCCCAAACCAACCAGUGGUGUGGCGCUGUAGCACCGACCUCAUCCUGUCGUACGUCAGUUGGCGUUGCGGUGUUGGAGGGCGCAUUGUACGCUGUGGGUGGACAAGAUGGCGUACAGUGCCUUAAUCAUGUGGAACGGUACGACCCCAAGGAGAACCGAUGGACCAAGGUGGCAGCAAUGACGACUCGCCGCCUGGGCGUGGCCGUAGCAGUGCUGGGUGGAUACCUGUACGCUGUGGGUGGGUCAGAUGGACAGUCGCCUCUCAAUACGGUAGAACGAUACGAUCCCCGUGCUAACAAAUGGACGGCGGUAGCUGCAAUGUCUACCCGGCGCAAACAUCUCGGCUGUGCAGUAUUUGAUGGACAAAUCUAUGCUGUUGGAGGAAGGGAUGACUGCACGGAGUUAUCAUCGGCUGAACGGUACGAACCGUCAACAGACACAUGGUCUCCCGUAGUGGCGAUGACGUCACGGCGUAGUGGAGUUGGGCUUGCCGUCGUCAACGGACAAUUGUACGCUGUCGGCGGGUUUGACGGAACCGCUUAUCUUAAGUCUAUUGAGGUGUAUGACCCGGAAUCGAACCAGUGGCGACUUUGUGGAGCCAUGAACUACCGCCGUCUGGGAGGAGGCGUCGGCGUUAUGCGAGCGCCGCAUCAUGAUAACCAUUAUAUAUGGAAUCGCAAAGACUCGGUGGUGUAA